UCCCCUUUUCACCCUCAAGCAAGCCUCCCCCCUGGUCCCCCACUCCCACUCCACUCACGCUGUGGUCGACGUCUUCUCGGGCUGAGUUCCCGCCAAAAGGGAGUGAGCGUCUCUCGGAUCUCCUAAAGCCAUACCAUAGAUCGAAGCCUUCGAUGGAGACCGAAGAGAAGACUACACCAAGGAAACGAGAUGAGGCGGCGACGGCGGCGCUCGGCUCUUCCGUUACUCCCAUGGGGAGGUCGUCUUCGUCCACCACCCCCGGCCCCGGCGGUUCCAAUCCCACUCCCGGCACCCCCUUUACCCGCUUUUCUUCUUCCUCCUCCUCCGACAAGAACUCGGUUUUGUUGUCCGAUUGGUGGUUGGUUAAAGCGGAAAGUGGAGCCGGUGGGAAAAGAUUGGCCGUCAGUGGGUUUACCAGCAGGCAACAAGCAGUGAGAAUCUUCAGUUCUGCACCUGUUGUAAAAAGAUAUGAUGCCUACACUCUUGAGACUGAAGAUGGGAUCACUGUGAUAAUUCAGGGCAUGAUAAACAAAAUACGCACACGUGAUAACGGGUUUCCUCCUGAGGUUUGCAAUCGUUUCCUAGUUGGAUUUCCUUAUAAUUGGGAUUACUAUGCUGAUGAGUAUCUUAGAAAGAGUUCCACAUGUUCAAGUAAUUCUUCAAGUUCUGCUGGUUCUGGUGAGCAAUCCAAAGAUUCAGCUGUUGGUGCAGGUGGUACAUCUCCAGUAUGUGUAAAGGAGUUUCCAGUUCGCAGGAUCUGUGACAUCCUGAUAUCGUCUGGUGACACUCUGUCAAGAAACUUCACUGAAAAUCUGAAAAAGUUCUUCAGAGAUCCUUCAUUGAAUCAGAUUCUCCAAAAACCAUUUUUUGCUGGGGAAAAGUGCAGUGAGCAUGAGAUGGAUAAAAGUGAUCAAAAGUAUGAAAAUGACAAGGGAUUUGCUACUGCCAUUAUCCAUGAUGCUGAAGGACAUGUAACUAGCCAUGCUGAAGAAGGGGGUCGUAGAAAUGACUUACAUGCAGGUAAUGUCCUGGAAGAAAAUUCUGACUUCAAUCAUGACAUCUCAUAUGAUUCUUUAAUGCAUGAGAGCAGAGAAACUGAUAGCCAGCCAGCGGUAGAGACCACUUGCCAGACAGAAACAGGAACAGCCAUGCAGAGGGAAAUGCUGUUGACAAAAACAAGAGAAGUGGAGAAGGAUAAUGAUUUGGCAAGCUCUGUUCCAAUGGAUUGUGACAAUGUUGAUCACGUGCCAGAUUGUAUAGAAGGAAAGGAAAGUGUUGAGAGUAGAUUAGACUCAUGCAAUGUGGGGAUGAACUGCUUAUUAAAAGGUUCACUGCCAAAAGAAUCAAUUCUUUCAAAACAUGAACAUGAGGAGGAACCUGGAGAUGAUGCAGUAAGAAGACAACAUCAUGUUGAAAUUUUAAGAAUACCAAAUGUAGGUGUUUCAGAUGAUUUGCUGGUGCCAAAAGACUGUGACCCAAAAAAUGCAAAUUCAUUGAAUGUCAAAAUGAGCGUGGGUUCAGAAAAUUAUCUUGUUUCUGAUGUCACAAAAUCAUUGAAGGCUCCAAUGACACAGGAUGAUAGAACAAGCUCUAAGAUUUCAUCACAGAAUGAAGUAAUGGUGCAUUCUACCGUUUUAGUAUUUCAAGGUGAUGCAGAUUCUCAUCAUGUUGAAGGGAGAGGGAGGGACCUUAACAACUUGAAGUCACCUAAUGUUGGCAUUACAAGGAUUUCUAAAGAUUCUUCAUCAAAUGAGAUAGAUAAUAUGUGCCAUAGCAUUUUUGAGAAAAUUGAGAGGUGUAAAUUUCCUGCUGCAAGGGAUCCCACUUCUCCGAUAGGCUCUGCUGCUGAUAUGAAAAGCACUAGAGCAUCAGAAGUGAAGAAAUCUCCAAUAAAUAAACAUUUAACUAAAGUAGUGAAAAAAGCAGGAAGAAAGAAGGAAAGCAUUCAGAAAAAAGAUCAAAAAUGUGCUGAAUGCAUCAAUAGUAAAGUUUGUUUGCAUGGAACUGAAGAACUCUCAUCAACUGGAAAUGUUCAGGAUGAUGUGCCUUUAAUUACUCUUCGCACACGUAAUGUACACAGAAAUAGUUCUGCUUCAUCCGAGGGGAAACCUGUAGAAAGCUCAACUAAUGUCAAGGCUAAUGCAUUAAGUACGAGGAUGAAGUCAUCAAAGAAAAAAGGGUAUGAUAACCAGAUGGCUGGAUGUAGUCCUGAGGUUGAAAAAAUUGGGGUCGGUUCUGCACUGAUGGACCAUAACAUUGUAAAUGCAGCAAAUGAUACUAAGCACGCAUCUAGGCACAAACAUACUCAGGGUGUAAUGCACAGACAAGGUCAUUUAGAUAAUUCAGCAAAGGAGCAAUCCAGCAGUAAUAAAACAUUAGCUAUGUCUGGAGAAAAUAUUCUGAAAAUAACGAAUGAUCAAAAUGCAAAAAUAUCUGAAGUUUUAAUAAUGGAGCAACCUUCUGGGGAGAAAACAUUGCACACUACCAGAAGGAAAACAGCUUGGAGGCCGAUUUCAUCUGCAUAUCAAACUCCAAAUACUCGGGGUAAGGCUCGUCAAUUAUCUAUGGCCUCACCUGAAUCUCUUAACCUAAAAAGAUCUAGAUCAGGUCGAUUGAUUGUUCCUCCUCUGGCUAACUGGUGCCAACAGAUAAUUUAUAAUGCGGAUGGUUCAAUCGCAGGCAUUAGAGGUGCGCAUGUGUUGAAUUCUCCCAAGAUAGGAAGUCAGUCAGAGCCUGUGAAGAAGAGAAAGAAGUUUACCUGAGCACUUAAUGUUGGAGCUUUUCAUCCUUGUGACCUGAAGUGCUGAAGAUAAUCAAUGGUGCAAGUGAUCGGCUUACAUUUCAUGGAUUCUAGAAAAUACCAUGACAAGUUACCUUAAAGUAUUUUGCUCUUUUACUGUGUAUGCAAAAGAUUUCUCUGCUUGAAAGUACUUCGGUGUCUCAGGACUCCUUGCUAGUGGUCACUGGUCCCUGAGAUGCAUAUUGGCUUAAGCCAGAGAGCCUGGAAGUUAUUACUUGGUCAAGGGACCCAAUGCUAGUACUGAAGCAUCUAUAUGUAUAUGAUAGAAAAUUAUUCUUUUUUCUUUUUGACUUUUUAGUACCUCAAAUCACUGCUAGUGGUCACUUCUUGGACUAAUGACAUCAUCUUUUGAGAGAACCUCUCUCAGGUGACCCCGCUGUUGUGCCCGGCAUCCACUCGAGAACCGAUGGGGGUGUCGCCGGUGGUCAGCCCUAGUGAAUUCGUGCUGCAAUAUCUUUUAAUUCACAUAUGGGUCAGGUUCGUUCUGAUACCUUUUGUAAUAAUUCAGGAUCAAUGGCUAACUGAAAGUUAUUAUUUGGAUUA